AAAAUGCUUGGUAAUGGAAGGUUAGAAGCAAUGUGUUUUGAUGGCGUAAAACGACUGUGUCAUAUUCGCGGAAAAUUACGGAAAAAAGUAUGGAUCAAUCAAGGAGACAUAAUAUUAAUUGGCUUGAGAGAUUACCAAGAUGCAAAAGCAGAUGUUAUAUUAAAGUACACAUCGGAUGAAGCUCGUAAUUUGAAAACUUAUGGUGAAUUCCCAGAAACAGUACGUAUCAACGACACUGUCACCUUUGUCGAGGAUGGCUUUGAUGAAGACAUUGAGUUCGGUGAUGAGAUCAGUGAUGACGAUGAAGACGAUGUUGACAAUAUCUGAUGACCUCCAGUAUAAAUAUAUUUAAAAGGUAUGAUACAGGAGUGCAUGAAGAGACCCAUUCAUUUUACAAGAUGCUACAAUUCGUUGCGCAACUGAUAUAUAAAAAUUCCUUUUUUUUAAAUAAGUAGUCAAUUUCUCUGUAUUAAAUAAAUUUUCACUUAUCCGUGUAAUAUUGUGUUCCGGUCUUACGAUUGUUGGACGCAAAAUUUUCAGGAAUAUAAAUCUCAUUAGUCUUAUGGUAUUCACUAUA